AACUGGCCGGCGAUUUGCGCUUUCUUGAGUACCCGCCGCACAUUGUCUAUCGAGCUGCAUCAGAUAUGAAGCCUGAAUUCAGCUUUACGCAAGCCGACGAAAUUUUACUACUUGCGGGUGUCAAGAUCGAUAUAGUGAGGGAAAUUGGAGAGGUGAAUGACUUACGGCCCGGGGAAACAGUUUGGGGUCUCGACUACACACCUGAUAAUGUGCAGAGAACGUGGCAGAGACUCGCGGGCAUCGGCGAAUUCCGAGACGCUCUUGUAGACCGAGUGCGGGGGGAACUGACAGAGGAGGAAGAAAUGGCCAUCUACCUCUCUACAGGCGUGUACCCAACAGGGAUCCCCAAUCCUCAAGCCUAUUUACGGACGGUUCUUUGCAACCCCACCGCGGAGAUCGAUGGAAACUAUUUCAACCCCGCAUUCGGAAUCGAUGGUGAGCGGAGGUGGGAAAACCGUACGGUGGGGCCUGGUGGAAUGGACGACGAGCACCUCCGAGCUAGAACUGGGAUGGCGUGCAUUGAUCGACGGUUCUGUCACUUCGCGCGGAUAUUUUGGGCUCGGACCCCCGGUUACGGCUGCUGGCGACAUUGUCUGCGUCUUUCUUGGUGGGAAUACACCGUUCUUGCUGAGGCAACAAGGGGACUUCUUUGAGAUUGUGGCUGAGACGUAUGUGCAAGGGCUCACGAGCGGAGAGGUGGUUUCUCAGAUACAGGAUGGGUCUUUGGAAGUGGAGGUGAUUCCGCUACAGUGACACGGGGAUGAUACGAUGAUAGGAGCACCGCAGGGGCAGGGGUAUUCAAUCUUCGUCGGGGCUGAAGUAUUCUUUGGAGAGCUUUUGCACCUAUGCUUGGAUACCUGCCAGUCCCGCUUGCGCGCCUACUUGACCGGAGACGAGAAUGUAUUUUCUCUAUAGACUAUCGAACCCCGGUGCGACCCAUCCUAUCCAUAACGCCCAGGACACCUCUAUAUUUUGAACGCCAUCCAGUAUAAAACCCAUUGAAUAUCGUCUGUACAUUCCCACGUUCUUUGAAGAAGUU